GGAGUUUUUCAAACUGGCGUCCCCACGCACCUUCACUUCUUCGUCUUCCUUCUUCUACUCAGUCGCUUUCCACUGGACUGGACUUCUUCGCCAAUCCUCUCAAUUGAAUCUUCAGAUUCACGCCAUUUAUUGAUUUCAUCUGCACGACUGCAUUGCACCACGGGGACGGCAACUUGUUUUCAUUCUUCGCUUUCGAUCUGCCAAGUUUCUGUUGAUUAAUUUCCAUGGAGAGGCCACAGGCAAUAGCCAUGGAAUUCCCAGCCAGCGACACCGCUCUUUCCUUCACGCCGCCCAAAAUGCCGACAUGGCUCAGGAGGCGGUUGUCGGGGACCAAAUCGGCUCCAGUGUCUACGGUCGAGGAAAUCCAAGCCAAGCUCCGUGAUGCCGAUCUUCGCCGUGAGAAAUUCCACGAGAAUUUGACAAACAAAGCUAGGAUGAAGCCCAGAGGACCUUCUCAGUCCUCAUCUCAAGAAGAUGAUCAGGGACAGCGACUCAAGGCUAAGCUCCUGGCAGCUGAAGAGAAGAGGUUGAGCAUUUUGAACAAUGCUAGAAUGAGACUGGCUAAGCUUGAUGAAUUAAGACAAACUGCUAAAGCAGAGUGUGAAAUGCGAUUCCAUAAGGAAUGUGCUGAGUUAGGAAUGAAGGUUGGGAUGAGGGCAGAACAAGCAGAGGCAAAUCGAUUGAAUAUCCUACGUGCUUAUCGUCAACGGUUGGCUACAGUCAACGAGAGGACUUCUCAGCAGUUAAUGCAGCAUGUUGCUCGAGACAGAAGGUAUAAGGAACAAGUGCGGAAUGCAAUGUAUCAAAAGCGUACAGCUGCUCAGAAAAGGCGAUCGGGUCUGCUGGAAGCAGAGAAGAAUCGUGCACAUGCUCGGGCCAUGCAGGUGCAUAAGGCUGCCAAUGCCCUCACUCAUCAACGAGAGAUUAAGAAAAGUGAAAUGGAAAAGAAACUAGAAGAUCGGCUUAAAAAGGCAAGGCAAAAGAGAGCAGAAGGUUUAAUGCUGAAGGGAAGACCAUCUAAUUCUGUUGGCAGCAAUUGGAACACAAUGCAGGAGCAGGCUGAUAACCUUUCCCGAAAAUUAGCUAGGUGCUGGAGGAAGUUUAAAAUUUUAAAAAAAACAACUGCACAUCUUGUCAAUACUUACAAUGAGUUGAAUAUUAAUGAGAGGUCUGUGAAGGCAAUGCCAUUUGAGCAGUUUGCGCUUCUUAUGCAGUCAGCUGCCACCAUUCGUCCGCUUAAAAUGUUGCUUGAUAGAAUUGAAGAACGCUAUGAAUCAUCGCCAGCUGUUGGAUCUGCUACUUCUGAUAUUGAGCACCUCCUCAAGCAGGCAGCAUCUUCAAAACAGAAACAAUCUCAUAGGAAAGAUAUCUCCAGGAGAGAGGAAAAGAAAACUGCCACUGUGAGACGAAGUUCUGAAAAAGCUACUGUUCAAUUACCAAGGUACCAAGCAAAAAUCGUGCUCUGUGCUUACAUGAUAACAGGGCAUCCAGAUACUGUCAUCAACAAGAAAUGGGAGCACGAGAUGCCUUUAGUCAAAACUGCAGGGACAUUUAUUUAUGAAUUUGAGUUGCUGAUUAAGAUACUGUUAAACGGGCCAAUGCUUGUUUCCAAUGAGAAUUCUCACCCCAUAUCAGUCUCGAGAAGGACCUUCAGGCUUCAGCUUGCUGCAUUUGAUGCAGCCUGGUGUGCCUUUUUGAAUAGCUUCGUGGCGUGGAAAGCUAAGGAUUCUACAGCUUUAGAAGAGGAUUUGAUUGGUGCUGCUUGUCGUCUUGAACUUUCUAUGAGGCAGAUGUGUAAAAUGACCCCUGAAGGGAUCACAAGCCAGCUCUCGUAUGCUAUGAGUACAGUCCAGAAACAGGUAUUUGAAGAUCAGAAACUUUUGAGGGAGAAAAUUCUACAGCUAAGUGGAGAUGCGGGCAUUAAACAUCUGGAGAAAGCACUUUCCGAGACUCGCAUGAAAUUCUUUAAUGCAAAGGAAACCAGAAGCUUAAUCACACCACUGUCUGCAUUUAUCUCAUCUGCUUCUUCCAUUUCCCCUUCUUCCAGUAGCUCGGACAAGGAAGGUGAACCAACAGCUGUUGCUACAGAGAGAACACCUGCAGUCGAGUCCGUAUCUAGGGAUGGGACCAAUACAAAUGAAGUAAAAAACAUCGCAUCAAGCGGUAGUAUUUUAAAAUCUCCUGGGAAUAGUUUGGACAUGAAAAAUGCAGUGAUUGUUAAUGAAUAUGUCCAUGGAGAACACAUUGUAUUUUCUGAUGAUCCCAGUUUGCCUGGCAAAUACCUAAAUUACAUGGAAAAGUGGAAAGGGACAAUGGAGAAUGCCUACUGGGAUUGGAUUGUUGAAUCAGUUAAACAGGAUGAUCCCGACUACAGUCAUGUUCUGAAAUUGAUGACAAAGGUGCGGGACGAAAUCUACGUAAUGUCUCCUCAGAGCUGGAAGCAGGAAGUUCUUGAAGAUAUCAACCUGGAAAGUCUUUCUCGGGUGCUGAAUUCAGGCAGCAUCGAUUUUGAAUAUCUGAGAAAGAUUCUCGAAUCUGCUCUGUCCAGUUUGCAGAAGCUCUGCGCUCCAGUUGACGAGGAUGAAAUGAAGGAGAAACAUCAGAAAUAUCUCGAAGAACUCGAUCAUACAUGUUGCACAAAUAUGUCAUAUAGUUCACAAGUUGUGAUGAUAAUGAAGGCCUUGCGCUAUGUCCUACAAGAGAUUCAGCAACUCAAGCAAGAAAUCACCAAAGCACGCAUACGAAUGGUGGAACCAAUUUUGAAGGGACCAGAAGCUCUAAAGUAUCUUCAAAAAUCUUUCACUGAUCAAUAUGGGGACCCUUCUAGAGCUGUCUUUUCUCUGCCAUUGACAGCUGAGUGGCUCUCAUCCGUUAGAGAGAAAAAAGAUGUGGAAUGGUUUGAACACAAAAAAGCUCUUUCAGAGCUGGCCAAGAAAUUUGAGAACUCUUCAACUUUUCUUCCUUCUGCUCUCCAAAGUGGAGGAAAUCUGUCCAACACAUCUUACACCUCUAACGCCACAAAAUAUUUCGAGACAGUUGGAUCGGGUUUAGAAUGCAAAGGCGACGAGAUUGAUGUAUUGGUAAGGUUAGGCUUGACGAGGCUGGUAAUGAAGGUAGAUGGUUUGACCGAAGGACAAAUACCCGAAACUAUGAGCUUUAAUCUUGCCAGACUUAGAAGUGUGCAAUCCCGAAUUCAGAAGAUUAGUGUAAUUGCAAUCAGCCUGCUGGUCUUGCAACACACACUUUUCACCGAGAAAAUGGCGCCAAGCCAAUCGAAGAUGGAGAGCAUACUUUUGAUCAGUUUCCAACGGCUGUCCGGUUGUCUGGACGAAUCCCUUUCAGACGCGGGUCUCCAAGACAUUGUCGAUACACUCGGUGCUGUUGUGGAGGACGAAUGCAAGUUCAGCGACGCAGAGGUUCGGUCGAUGAAAGAAAUCAUGGCGAGAAUGUUGUCCAAAAGCCUACAGGAAGAGAGUUGUGUGUUCGUCCGAGUUUCUGAGGCUGUGUAUUUGGCUGUGAGAGGAGUGGUGCUCGGUGAAACCGGGAUACAAGGGAGAAGGUUGGCUGAAAUGGCACUGCAGAAAGUCGGGGGCGUGCUGCUCGCGGAGGCGGCAGUUGCGGCGGGGUCGGCGCUGGCAGGCAUGGCAAAGGUGUCUGUUCUGGUUCAUGGGGGUUGGUAUGCAAAUUUGAUCAAAGAGGUCGCGGUAGAGGUCGAGGUCGAGGAGAGUGCGUAAGAUUAACAAAAGAGGUAUGUGUUUGUGUUGUAUUAGAGAUUGGCUAAAAUGUGGAAUAUUUUGCUGCUGUUGGGUUGAUGUUUGUUUGUGGCUUUCUGAGUGUGAAAUGUGCUACAAAAAUCAGGGCAGGGUAAGCAGAAAUUUAAGUCAAAUUUUAUUUCUACGUAAUGAUAUAAAUGUUAAAUGUGCUGACGGAGACGAUCAUCAUGCUGCUAAUA